AUGGAACUCCUUCUGGGCUUACUCUCCAACACCAAAAGCACACACGCAUCUCACUCCUUAAGCUUAGUUUCUUUGCUGAAAUUUCCCCAUCACGUUCCUGCCUUGGACAGAACGCAAACCACGGCGAAGAAAAACUUACAGCUGAGGUCGGAGCAGAAAGAGGAGCAGAGACGGAGGAACGAGGCAGGGGAAGAGCUACGGCCUCUCGCCAGAAUAAAGGAGCACAAGCAUCAGGCAGAACUAGCCAAGCUAGAAGACAAAAGAGAAGGAGAAGAAAUUCAGAGAUUGACCCGGUUGUACCAACUGGAAAUUCAGAGAGGAAAGGAGAAGGAACAGGUGGAAAAACUUGAACGUCGGAGGCUGCAUCAUGAGCAUGUUGCUGAACAGAAAAUAAUUAAAGCUGAAGAGGAACAAAAGGAAGAGGACGAAGAUGAUCAGAUUAGAGCUUACAUUAAAGGAAAAGAAAUGAUGGCUGAUCUAAGAAGAGAAAAAGAUGCAGAGACUUGUAGACUAAUGCAGGAACAUCAGGACAAAGCUGUUAAACAACUAACCACGCAGAUGGAGGAGGCGUUUGAGAUGGAAAGCGAUCGUAUUGCUAAAGGAGCUGCAGAUAUAGAAGAAGAAUACCAAAAGAAAAACAAAGAAACUGAAGCAAAAACUAGGGCUAACAUUGAAUCUGUUUCUGAAUACAGAGCCUCUGUGAUGAAGAUGAAAGCGGAAAGGGAGAAGGAGGAAAAAGCAGAGGGUAAGAAAGACCUUCACGAGUUAAUGGAAGCAGAUCGCGUCUACCUGGAAAAGGAAAAAGCCAAGAAACAAAGACGUCGUGAUGAAAAUAUGGAAGUCCAGAAAAUUCAGGUCCAGCAAAUGGCUGAAAAGCAGGCAAGAAAACAGCGGGAGAAACAAGCAGACUUGGACUAUGAUGCUCAGAGAGAAGCUGCCUUAUUGUAAGGAACAAGAAUUUGAAAGAUAAGGACAUUGUUCUACACGAAAGGCAAGAAUGGAAAACUUCAUGCAAGAAUAAGAAUACAGAAGACUAGAAUCAGUUUUAUGUUUAUCAUAUAUUGAUGAAGGAAGAAUAAGACAACAGAAGAGACCAAGAGGGCAGCUCUUAGUACAAGCAGAAGCAGGUGAAAGCUAUUGAACAGGCUCAGAAAUGAAGUUGAGAAAGCUGGGCUUGUUCAGUCUGGCAAAGAGGAGGCUAAGGGGUGAUCUAAUAACAGCCUACAGCUACUUUAAGGAUAGUUACAAACACAGUAGAGUCACCCUCUUCUCAGCACUGUUAGGUGAUACAGCAAGGACAACAAACUGACUUGAGAGAGUCAGGCUGAAUAUCAGGAAAACCUGUUUCACCGGGGAAGUGGUGCAGCAGCAACAACAUGCCCUAGAAGAAGUGGACUGUAGUUACAGAGCAGACCAGAGACGGAUCAAAGAUUUGAGGCUUCCAACACCUAGAAAAUAUAAGUCUGACAACUAGUGACAUGGUGAAGAAGGGAAAAAUUAGACAUUGGUAAAGCUUAAUGCCCUAUUACUGUUGUAGGAUGGGUCUUUGCACCGAUUUCAGUUGCAACCCAUCAGUGUGUACUAUUCAUUGUAGUCAUUAUUAAUCAUACAGAUCAUACAGUAAGACUUAAGCUCUGCUUCUUUCUUCUUCAGAAAUACAACUGGCAUGACCAGAAGCAUCAUCUGUCACCUUACAACCUGUAGGAGCUUGCAAUACCUCAGGGCUUAAUAGCUGAAGCCAACUCUGGAAUGCAUAAGGUGCAAUGUUCACUAGAACAUGCCUGUGCUCCAUUUCAGCUCAGGAAGCAAAGGCUGUUAACUAUAGCCAUAGCUUGCAACUGCUUUGCAAUAAGCAAUUGCACCUCUAAUUACUCUAGCUUUAUUAUGGAACAAAGCAGUAAACUCACUUUCUAGGAAGCCAGGAGGUGACAACCAAAGGUAAACUGAAAACAUGUAUGCUGUCAUCUGUACUAUAGUCCUUAAUAUUCAGUAUCUCUGGGUCUGAAUGCUUGAUUAAAACUUGAUCUGGCUUCAAAAUACAUUACUAAGCAAUUAAAAUUGAAUAAGCUCGUUAAAAACAGCUGUCCACAACAGUAAGAUCAUGAAUGCUAAUUGUGCUGCUUAUUCUUGACAGUUUUUCUUCCUUUUUUUUUUUUUUUUUAAAACUUCUGCAAUGGAGAAUGCUAUGGAAGACAGUACUACAACCUCGAGAAAGUUGCAACACGGGCUUUAGGAGCUAGCCGUUUAUAGUGUGCAGCAAGCCUGUACCUACCUAGCACUCAAACUUUCUAGGCCAAGUGGUGGGAGAGUUUGCAAGAAAGGAGCAGUGCCUUGGCACUUUCCUGCUUUCUCCCCCACAUCCUGCUGCAGUCCAGCCAAGCUAGGAUGCUGGUCUAGGUGACCUUGGUCAAAACUUGCCCUUGUAUUCAGUUCCAAAUUGACUGUAAACUGUCCUACCAUUACUUUUGUCAUCAAGUAGGGAACAAUUCUGUAAGUAGCUGGUGAAAACUAUUUUGGCUUUGGGCAAAAACAGCAGGCUGUUGUAUUUGUGUGUGCAAGUACAAGAUCAAAGUUGGAAACUAAUAAAAUAAGUUUUAAAAGUGUCCUUUAGCACUGUUUAACAGCUUCAUUAGAGCUGCAUUUCUAUAUACACUGCACUGAAUGAAGAGCUCCUGUCACUUGUCUGUCAAUCUGUACCUAGUGCAGAAAGCUGUAAUUCCUUCUACAAUUCAACCCUGCCAUCCAAUGUAGCAUGGAAAUAAAAAUCUGACUUUAUCCAUGACUUCAAUAAAAAUUUAUAAAUCUUGGUUUAAUUAGAGGUGAUGCCCUGACAUCAAAUCAUCACAUUUUAGAAAUCUGUACAAGCUUGUUACUAGCACUUUAAGAGGCUGAAGAUUUGAAUCAGCAGCACAUUUGCACUUGCACCAUAUGAGCUAGCAGAAGUGAACAUUACUCUUAAUUACAUACAGAAAAUGCUAAGUAAUACUGCAGGAAGCACACAUAGCAGACGUAUGGAAUACACUAACAAAUAUGAAAAAAACAUUUAUUUCUGAAAAGUAUUUUAAUACAUAAAUUGCACAUUUCAUAUUAAGAACUUAAACUCUCCCAGUUGAGAACUACAGGUUACAAAGUGUCCAGAAGACUGAGAUUUUUCCAAAUGCUUCACUAAAUUCUACUUUCUUAAUACAAACAGCACUACUUUUAUAAUUAACCACAAUUUUCUUAGCUAUUGAAGGAAACCAGUUAUCAGCUAGUUCCUCUUACAACUGAUCAAUAAAUUAAUGAGGCCUAAAUUUUUUCUAAUCCUUCCAACCACUCAUUUACAGUACCAAAAAUAAGAGUUAACAGUUAUGGCUAAAUCAACACACUGAGUAUUUCCCAUAUACAUUUAUAGGGCUAUGUACAGGGUAUGUAGAAAUGGUUAACUGCCUGCCAAAAUAGCAAGUUUCCUUAUAAACGUGCUCUGCUUGUUGCAAAAUUUCAAUUCAAAGACAGUGAUGCUAUUGCAUUAGUUCACAGUUUAUUUAGCUUGUGUUCAGUGUGUUAGCGUUAGUGCUUUAAGGAGUAAAAACACUUAAAACCAAUGAGCUACAGUCAAGCAUAGUUAGCAGUUUAAGAUCUGCCUUCUGAACUUGCCGACGUUAACAGUCUUGCUAGUUUCAUAUGAGCAAUGACAUUAUGAUAAAGAAUACUGCAGGGUAGCUCUUUCAACCAAACCUCGCUUUACCUCUAUGUAGUUUCACUAUCCAAACUCAGCACUUUAAUUAUAUUUUGUCACAGCUAUUCCUUCUAUGAAAUUUCAUACUAAGAUCAGAAAACUUUUUUGGUGUCAUAGCUUUUUAAAAAAAUAUGUGUAGUACUUUAUGCUUUUAUUAUGGAACACAAGUUUUGUUAGUACACUGUUCUUAAUGAUGUGACUUGUUCAAGGGUAAGAAAUAGGAAUUACACUAAAAGUACAUAUGCAACAAAAUGAAAAGCUUGAGUUUCCUUGCCAGGAAAUUGCAGAAUUGUACUGAAUUAAAAUUCUGCAGAAUGCAGAGCUGCGGACUUUGUGAUAUGCAUUUUCUUGAGUAAUUUAGUGGAAUACUGCAUUAUGAAAAUUACUCUUUUCAGCAAAAGAGCGAGUGUAUGUAACCGCUUUAAGCUUGUAUCCCAGUGACUCUAGAAACACGAAGAUUAACUUUUGGCACUAGUAUCCCUCUGGGUGAGUUGACAGUAAGCAUUAAUUCAUGGCUGAUGAAGAAAAAUAACUAGUGUCUUUUUAAAUAAAGCCAUUCUUCAAGUAUUAGACAGAGAGAAAACAGGGAUGAGUCUGUGAUAAAGCAUAGCAUGUUUAUGCUGGGGUUUUCUAAAGUAAGGAAAGUCUCAGAAAGCAGGAAUACACAUUUUUGCCAAUCAGACAAGCAACAAGCACUACUUUGCCCCAGAAAGUGUGUCCAAAAAUACUGUAUUCCCUUCAAUAAAUCAUCAAUAAAUUAGCAAACUCCAGAACAGAAGCCUAAUGGACUGCUUCCUUUAGUUUAUAUUAAGCUAAAAUCUUUGCCAGAGUGGUACUAUUACAAAUUAUACAUUGUUCAGGGGAUAACUGCAAAUUUUUGAAGGCAUCUGACAAAGAUCGCCCCAAAAGAAGUCUAUGGUGUCAGAUUUCAAUAGCAAGUGAGAAAUUUCAGGAUUUUGACAACUGGAGAGAACAAAGGGGUAAAGUUUAGCCAUAGCCUCCCCCCCACCCCCUUCUCAAAUGAAACAUUGUAUGGCUGUGUCAGCCAAUGAAUUAGCAGAUAGCAACACAUCUUUUACAGGCAAUAGUUUUUGCACAACCUUAUAUAUAUAUAUGUGUAUG